UUUCGAAAGGCGUCAUUUAUUUUUUUUAUUUUUUUUUUUAAAUAAAAACCCGCAAUAUUUUUUUUUGAUAAUGUCUUCUUCUAAUCGUCUAAAACAAAUUACUCAUCAUUUAACAACCAACAUGACGGAAUUAGGUUCAAUCUCUAUCUUUAAAGAAGUUCCUCAAGCUCCUCCUGAUGCCAUCUUUCAUUUGACUGCACAAUACAAGGCAGACACUAAUCCUAAUAAAAUUAAUAUCGGUGUUGGUGCUUUCCGUACUGAAGAAUUAAAACCUUAUAUUCUUCCUGUUGUCAAAAAGGCUAAGGCUAUUUUACAUAAUGAUGAGACACUUGAUCAUGAAUAUUUACCUAUUGCCGGUACAAAAUCAUUUACAAAUGCUGCUGUAAGAUUAAUUUUGGGCGAAAAUAGUCCUGCUAUUAAAGAAAACCGCUUUGCUGGUGUCCAAACUAUUUCUGGCACUGGUGCUAACCAUACAGGAGCCAUGUUCCUUUCUCACUUUUAUCAUAAGAGCAAGAAAUGUUAUAUUUCAAACCCUACUUGGGCAAACCAUCGUAGUAUUUUCUCUUUAGUUGGCUUUGAAGUAGAGGAAUAUCCUUAUUGGAACCCAGAGACCCGCGGUUUAAAUUAUGAGGGAUUAUUACAAACCAUGCGUACUGCUCCUGAAGGUUCUAUUUUUGUUCUUCAUGCCUGUGCUCAUAACCCAACCGGUGUUGAUCCUACUCGUGAUCAAUGGAAGGGUAUCGCUGAUGUGAUGCGUGAAAAGAAUCAUUUCCCUUUCUUUGAUUGUGCUUAUCAAGGUUUUGCUUCUGGAGAUUUAGAUAAUGAUGCUUGGGCAGUCCGUUAUUUUGUUGAACAAGGAUUCGAAUUAUUCGUUUGUCAAUCAUUUGCAAAGAAUUUUGGUCUUUAUGGUGAGCGUGCUGGUAAUUUAACUAUCGUUGCCAAGAGUCCUGAGGAUGCAAAUCGUGUUUUAUCUCAAAUUGAAAAAUUACAACGUGCAGAGAUUUCUAAUCCUCCCGCUUUUGGUUCACGUAUUGUUGAUAUCGUCUUGAAUGAUAAAGCUUUAUAUCAAGAAUGGACCGAAAACUUGAAAUAUAUGUCACAUCGUAUUAUUGAAAUGAGAAAGGCCCUUCAUCAUCAUUUAGUUGAACUCAAGACGCCUGGUACAUGGAAUCAUAUCACUGAUCAAAUCGGUAUGUUCUCCUUUACUGGUCUGAAGACACCACAAGUGAAAGUACUUCGAGAAAAAUAUCAUAUUUACUUGACUGAUAAUGGCCGUAUUUCAAUGGCUGGUGUCUCUAGCACCAAUGUUGCUUAUUUAGCUAAAGCUAUUGAUGAUGUUGUUCGACAUGUUUCUGUAUAAUGGAAUUAUAAAAUAAAUAAAAGGAAACUAUCAUUUCAUUUUA